AUGUCCCAAAUCCUCCGUAUAGGAGUCCUCCUCGUAGGAAGUGUUCAACUCCUCGACCUCGCAGCCGUGGACCUCCUCAACAUGGCCACACCAGAGUACCUCAAUUCCUCUUCGCUCGCCCAAACCAUCGUCCGUAUGGGCCGGCCCUGUCAAAUCCACUACAUAGGCCACGAAGGCGCAGGAGGCAUCACCACCGCAACAGCGCAGAUGCCUAUCCAGUUGACGGACGCACCGGCCGACGAGGCUGUUUCUCCGGGCAAAUUGGAUAUCGUGGUGGUCCCGGGUCCUUCACCCAAAGCCAUGCCGCCGGCGGAAGAAUAUCUCGAGUUCUUGCGCGGACAUAAUGCGGCGGGGACUUCGAUUCUGGGGAUUUGUACGGGGGCGUACAUUGUUGGGUAUUCGGGCAUUGCGAAGGGGCGGUAUGUCACGGCGCCUAGGUUAUUGGUCCCGGCGAUGAGAAAGUUGUUUCCUGAGGCGAGGAUGUGGGAUGAUGGGGUUCGGGUUGCGAGGGAUGGAAACUUGUGGACUAGCGGCGGCAUCACGACUGGGUUCGAUCUUGUUCUUGAGUAUCUCCGCGAGAAUUACCCGGCACCACUCGUCAACGAAAUCAUUGCCCAAGCGGAAAUCACACCUCGGCCAGUGCAUUACAGUAGUUCGGCCAAUGCAGCAUCUGUGCUGUGGCAAAUGGUCAAAGCACUUCCGAAUACGAUGCUUCAAAUACUGAGGAAGUGA